AUGGGAAAGCUGCGAGGAGAUGCUCCCCAGACCCCUCCUGCCCACAGCCCCGUUCCGCUCCUUCACAGGAUUUCUGGCCUCCAAGUGGCCCCCAAGGGAGCUCCCAGCUCCUCUGCGUCGCAGCUCCAGCUCAACGCUCUUCAGCAGCCGCUGUCUAUCCUUUCCGUAACAAAGGUCAUAAUUCCAUCUCCUGCCUACCGGACAACCCCGAGGCAGUGCGGCCUGGUGUCCACCUCGGCUGACUUCAACCUGCAGCCGGCCACCUGA